AUGUCCACCACGCACACUCUCAGAAACAGGGGCCCAGCGUCACAGGAACAGAGCUUGAAACAUAACCUCCAGGAGGAAAUCUCCCUGGUGAAGAAGACAAUUCUCAGGCUCUACCACUGGAACGAGAUCCCAGACUGGCAGAAAGACAACUCCUAUAUCCUCACUGGCUACGUUCGAGAGACCCUCGACUACUUGGCCUGUUUGAAGUCGCUCACCUACAUCCACAACGAAACCAUCAACAUCUACUCCCAUCUCAUUCCAGGCCUCUUGCUUAUCGUGUCCAACUUCUUUCUUGUCAAUUGGAACCUCUUCUUGCCCACAUUCACCACGACUGUUUUCUUAGACAAGGCCAUCGUCCUAUUGUUUUUGAUGGGCCUCUCGUCGUGUCUCGCUCUCUCGUCGUGCUUUCACUGCUUCAAAUGUCACUCUCUGGAGAUCUCUGCCUUCAUCAACAAAUUGGACUAUCUCGGUAUAAACAUUCUCAUCACCACCUCGAUGCUUAGCUUGAUCUAUUUUGCAUUGAUCGAUUAUCCCCAUCUUAUCUCGGUUUUCUGGUCCAUUACUCUUGUCUUGGGGGCCAUCUGUUCCAUUUCCAGUCUUCACAGCAGCUUUAGCUCUGUCAAAUGGAGACCCUAUAGGGCCACCAUGUUUGUCUUGUUUGGACUUUCUGGUCUCUUUCCUGUUGUCAGCUCUUUCGUCAAGAUUGGCUAUGCUGAGACCUGGAAUCGUGCCCAGUUGAACUACAUCUUCCUUGAGGCUUUUCUCUACAUCUUUGGUGCUUUUCUCUACGCUGCCCGAAUUCCAGAACGUUUCUGGCCUGGCAAAUUUGAUCUCUAUGGCCACUCCCACCAGUUGUUUCACUUUCUUGUGGUUCUUGCUGCCUGUGCUCAUGGGAAGGGCUUGAUCGAGUCCUACAAAUACGCCCACCAGUACGUUCUCCUAGCCCACUGA